AUGACGAACGCGGGGACGACAGACCUAAGUUGGCUGCCCUCAGAUGCAGAUGAACAACUCGCCUUAGGAUUUAAAAUUGUCACCAACGCAUACAAGACUAGGGUUACUUCCCAGGAGGCAGAAAUCAGAUCUCUGAAAGGACAACUCACGGAAAAACUGGAACAACUCUCGUCGAUACAAAAAAAAUAUAGCAACCUGGAGGUUCAACUAAUCGAAUCAACACAAAGAGGAAACCAACUGGCCGACGAAAACAAGCAGUUAAUUACAACCAUUAAGAAGCUGAAUAGAGACAUAGAUCGACUGGAGAAUCUUAAAAAGGCAGUCCUCAAUUCUAUCCAGGAGGAACAUGAUGUGGAGGAUGCACAUAAGUACUAUUCCGCGGACGACAUGCUACAAACCACUGCCCCGAGAACGAUGCUCGAAAUCAAUGGCAAUGAGGAUUCCUGUCAAACACUAAUUAACAAAAUUGUUAAUUCGGACGCGCACAACAUUAUCAACGGGAGCUUCAACUCGCCUUACCUGGGAGCAGGAUCAUCAGGCGAGAAGAACACAGACGGCAGGGCCUUCUUCCGCAACGCAAGAAGCAGACUGACGUACGAGCAGUUUAACCAUUUCUUGUCGAACAUCAAAAAGUUAAACAACCAUCAGCAGAAAAGAGAGGAGACGUUAAAAAAGGCACAAGCGAUAUUUGGUGAGGCGAACUCCGAUUUAUACGAAGAAUUUAAAGUCCUCAUUUCUAAACAUUCUUAG